AUGGCCGGUUUGAAAGACGUUGUUACUCGUGAAUACACCAUUAACUUGCACAAGAGGUUGCACGGUGUCACCUUCAAAAAGAGAGCCCCAAGGGCCGUGAAGGAGAUCAAGAAAUUCGCCAAGCUGCACAUGGGUACUGAGGAAGUGCGUUUGGACCCAAGACUAAACCAGGAAAUCUGGAAAAGAGGUGUCAAGGGUGUCCCAUUCAGAUUGAGACUCAGAAUCUCCAGAAAGAGAAACGAAGAGGAAAACGCCAAGUACCCAUUGUUCUCCUUCGUUGAGCCAGUCGUCGUUGCUUCCGCCAAGGGCUUGCAAACUGUUGUUGUUGAAGAAGAUGAAGCUUAA